AUGGAGUACUGCCAGGGACAGAGUCAGGGACAGGUUUCUAGGAGGGAUUCUUUGCUUGACACACCCCUCCAAACAUCCACGCAACAAGAAUUCUCCAAAGAACUUACCCUCAGCGGCUCCGCAGACGGCAGCUCCAGCAAAGCCCAAGGACGAACCCGUAUUCUCCGCGCGUCAGAGGUGUUAUUAUCGCUCGCAGGGCGGCGGUCGAUGAAUGAUAUCCUAGACGAGGGCCCAGGAAUCGAGAAUUUCCAAGAAGCACUGCGGAUAUUUCCCCCGUUCCGAGAUGAUGAUGGGUAUAUGCUUGGGGCGGUGGAGGCGAGGUGUCCGGAUUGCGAGGCGGUUUUUUCAUCGACGACGGAGUUGGAGCAGCAUUACCUGACAAGGUAUUGCCCUGGGAGUGCGGUGGCGGUUUAUGUGAUGACUAGAGACCGUUUGAUCACGAAGGGAUAUCGGAUGGAGAAGCGACUAGUUGCGUUUGACUGCCGACCACUUCGAUUUUUUUGCGGCAAGUGUGAGCGAGCUUUUGCUAUUGAUGAGACGGAGAGGGUGGACAGGCUUAAGAGAACAGCAUUCGUGGCGUGCAAAAACUGCGGAGAAAAGUGCAACAUCUCAUAUGAGCCCGUCCUCAACGACCCCCGAGACAGCGGCAGCUUCCGAGAAGUCUCAAUGGACCUCACCCCCGCCGUUCACGGCUGCAGUAGAAGUUCCAGCGUGACUCCGAGAAACAUCACUCCGCGAAGCGUCAGUCGGUCCAAGGCUCCCAUGUCAACGAAUCCUAAUGGGACCGGGGAGCUGUUUUUCUCGAAAAAAGCGAGGAAGAUUCGUGAUUCGUGGGCGACUAAGAAACUGGAGCAGGAGGAGGAUGAGCUGGUUGCAAUUAGUUUUGCGGGGCUGUAUGAUUUGGAGAGAGUACAUGCGCCGAACGGUGUGUUUCAGUCGAUAGACGACCAUAUUGCCGGUCCGUUAGGUGGUAUGACCAUGAGUGCGCCUGACGGUGUACCGCUCAUCGACAAGAAGCCUCUCACGCUUUGCGCAGAGGGGAAUGGCCUUCAUAGAGAUAUCUCUGUCGACUCACGGGGUGAUCUCUUGGUGGCUGAGUCGCGGGACUCUUCGCUCGACAAGAAUACUAAGAGACAGUCACUGUUCCAGAAACUCUUUGGCCGAAAGACAAAAGGCCUAUCACGCGCAAAAUCCACCUCGAACCGUGGCAAAAAACUACUGAAACGAGUCAACACCGUGCGCUUCUCCUUCAUCUCCCGCGAAUCCAAACACUCCAGCGGAAAGAACACACCCCGCUCAACAAUGUUCGAAACAGAACAGGCACGCCAAGCCCUCCAAUCCAAAGAAGACCUCAACAGCCUCGCAAUCCCCGAAUCCGAGUACAUCGCCCUGCUCCGCGACAGCCAAGACAUCUUUGUGCAUAUGCAGUAUCUUUCCGGGGCGGGGGCAGUGAUUGUCCACGAUGCAUCGGGUCGUCAGCGGAUUCUGCAGAUGGAUGAGGUUGCGCAGCUCUUUCUGCAGUUGAAGGAUGAGGUGGCUGCUGCGACAACGUGGUCGAAGAUGCUUUCUUGUCGGGUACGCGGGGAGUCUGCGUUGAAGCAGGGGAAUUUGCGCGCCGCGGUUGUAGAGUAUCAUGAUGCGCUUAGGAUGUUGCAGGAGACGCCGGGGUUAGACGUUGACAAGCUCGUGCGAGCGGCAAUGCUGCAUGCGAUGGGUCAUGCAUAUCGGGGGCUGAAUAUGGCCGCGGAGUCAGAGAUGUGCUAUCUCGAGUCAUUAGGGCUGUACAAGCGGGCUCUUGGCCGCGAUCAUCCCAAGAACUUCGAAAUCCUGCAUGACAUAGGCACACUCUGUGAAAAAGAUGGCUACGCAACCGAAGCCGCAGCACUAUACGAACGCUCCUUCGCAGGCCGUCUCAAGACCCUAGGCCACAACGCCCCCGAAACCCUAAACAGCAUGCAAGACCUCGCCUCUCUUAAAGACCUCCUAGGUGACCUCGAGUCCGCCCUCCUCUUACUUGAAAAAGCGGUCCCCGCCCUGGAAACAGUCUUCGGAGCCCAAAACGGAACCACCCUGGACGCAAUGAACAAGCUCUCCCAGCUCUACCAGAAACUCGGCCUCAACAAAGAAUCCCGCACCAUAUCUGGCCGCACGAUUCCGCACUGCAAGACAUUCUUUGGACUGAAUAGCCCUGUCACCCGUGACACUGUUAUUCGAUACCUCCAGAGCUCGGAUAACUUUGAUUUUCCCGCUGAUAUCAAAGAUAUCCUCGAGCAAUACCGGCGCUCGCGUGACCCCGAGUCUCUCAAAGUCAUCCACCAACUAGGUCGGUCGUACAUGUCCGCAGGACUUAACCGCGACGCAGCGGAUCUUUUUGAGGGACUCGUCGACGACUUUCUAGCCGUCAAGGGACCUGAAGCUCUGGAUACGUUCCAUGCACUCAGUGCACUGUGCGUGUCGCGCGAGCACGUCGACUCCAUCGAAAAGGCUAUUCACGCGUAUAAGCAACUAGUCCACAUGGCGCGCAAAACACCCGAAGACCACUACUCGCGGAAGAAAAUCGGCUACGCCGAGAAGCGAAUCUCAGAACUUAACCACCGACGAGAAAUUCUCGCCGCUGAACGCAUAGAAUGGGGCUUGAACCAGCCAGGCCCAUGCAGGAACUGCAACACGCCAACACCUCGCCUUUGCAAUUCAUGCAAAAUCACCCGCUUCUGCAGCGAACCCUGCCACGCCGCCGCCAUCGAAGCUCACAUCCCCUCCUGCAUCCCCUCCGUCUCCCUCCGCGAAUCCAAAUCCCUUGCCGUGAAACCCAUCUGUCCGGCACAGGACCAAGCACUCCUAAGAAUCCGCUGCUCGGACCCAGCCGACAUCAGCGUGCUGAAUAGUUACACGUUCUACCUCGACCCGCGGAAUUUUACGACGUUCCGGAUGAAGUUCAGGCCGGAGGUUAACACGGUUAUUCUGUUCAGUCAAAAUUCGGAUGUAAAGUUCGCUAUGGUUGACAGUGUUCCCGCGCCUGCUGCCCCGUUUGCAUCUACCUCUACUUCUACAUCUACAUCCACAGAAGAAUACGACCACGAACCAAACCAAAAUCACCUUAACUGGCUAACCCCCACCACCCAAGACUGCAUCUCCUUCAAUCCCCGCACCGACCUCCCCACCACCACCAUCCCCUCAAACACAACCAAUGCCCAAUCCCGCUACCUACUCGUCACCCCCGGCAAUGACAUGCUCAAAUCAAUCAUUGACAAACGCGUACAUGCACGCUCCGGCGCCAACGGCAGUGGCGGGCGCAGCGACGGGGACCGCUUCCGCUCGCUGGAUGUGCCGAGUAUGGAGCUUAUUGAGUAUGCGCAGGGCUUGCAUUUGACGGGGUAUAUGGGGGAACCAUUGAUGUACGUUAUUGAGUGGAAGUGGAAGUAG